AGUGCGGCGCAGAAACAGCGAUGGUUCGGGUCCAGAAAGGCACGAUGCUGGGGAGCCUGCUGCUCGCCUCUCUGUGUGUGGGGGCAGUAGUCUCGCUUGACAGCAGGCUUGACGACCACUGGGAGCUGUGGAAGAAGACUCACGGCAAGGAGUACCAGAACGAGGAGGAGAACGUGCACCGCAGGGAUCUGUGGGAGAAGAACCUGAUGCUUAUUACGACGCACAACCUGGAGGCUUCAAUGGGGUUUCACACCUACGACCUGAGCAUGAACUUCAUGGGAGACCUGAGUCAAGAGGAGAUCCUGCAGUUUUAUACCACGCUCACUCCUCCUACUGACCUCCAGAGGGCGCCAUCUUCCUUUGUCGGGGCCUCAGGCGCUGAUGUGCCUGACACAUUGGAUUUGAGAGAGAAGGGUUUAGUCACAGCUGUAAGGAAGCAGGGUGCCUGUGGCUCCUGUUGGGCCUUCAGUGCUGCAGGGGCCCUGGAGGGUCAGUUGGCCAAGAAAACAGGAAAGCUGCAGAACCUCAGCCCUCAAAACCUUGUUGACUGCUCCACCAAAUACGGUAACCAUGGCUGCAAUGGAGGAUUCAUGCAGUAAGCUUUCCAAUAUGUCAUCGACAACCAGGGUAUUGACUCUGAGGCUUCAUACCCAUAUAUGGGACGGGACCAACAAUGUCAGUACAACCCUGCAACUCGAGCAGCAAACUGCUCUCGGUACGACUUCCUGCCCGAGGGCGAUGAACAGGCUCUGAAGGAGGCAAUCGCUACUAUUGGACCCAUUUCAGUGGCAAUCGAUGCCAGGCGACCCAGAUUUGCUUUCUACAGGAGUGGAGUUUACGAUGACUCGUCCUGCACCCAAAACGUGAACCACGCUGUCUUGGCCGUGGGCUACGGCUCCCUAGGUGGACAAGAUUAUUGGCUGGUAAAGAACAGCUGGGGAACUUCUUUUGGCGAUCAGGGCUACAUUCGGAUGGCGCGCAACAAGAACGACCAGUGUGGGAUUGCUCUGUAUGCCUGCUACCCCAUCAUGUAACUUUAAAGGGAAUGGACAAAAGUCUGUAAAACUGUCAUUUAUUUUGCUGUGUUUUAAUACAAGAAAUCAAAUACGAAGGUUUAAAAACUGCACAUUAGAUGUUUUUUUUUUUCCCUUUGCAAACUUGAUAAGGUUUUAAAUUUUUAAUCUACAUGAGUAACCAGAGACAUUGUUUCUAGGACUGUAUGCUGGUUUCUUUGUACCUGUGUGUGUAUAUUUUUUUUAAUACUACAAUAAAAAGAUUUAUUAUUGAUUAAUCUUUCA